AUGGCAACAAGUAUUAUAGAAAUGGUAAAAUCAAAAAAUAGAAAAAGAACGCAAUACAAGAAUGCUUUAAUCCCCAUGGAAGAAGACUUGAGAGCAGAAGCAAGCUCAUCAAAUUCAAGUAUUAAAACUUUCCAGAACGACAUGAAACAAAACCAAGAAACUGAAGAACUAAAGAGCAUUUAUACAAUUAAGGAGAAACUAUCUGAGAAAACACAACUUAAUAAUCAAAUGGUAAGAAUAUUAGAAAAAGAGAGAAAAGAAGAGCAAGAAAUAAUACCAAAUCAAGAACAUGAAAAAUGGAGAAUAGAAACCAAUGCCAAAAGAUACAAAGUAUGGGUAAAAGUUAACAAUAAUAAAGGUCAGAACAUAAAAGAAAAAACAUCUUUUUUAUUAAAAGAAUUUAAUGAAAAAGCAGAAUUUUUACAAAUGAUAGAAAAUAAAUUUGAUAAAAUAGUAUCAAGCUCAGCAAGACUAAACGGGUUAUAUCAUACAUUCUGGAUUCAAUUUGAAUCACAAGAAACUGCAGAAGAAAUUUUAGAACAAAAAUCUCAAAUAGUGGGAGAUGAAUGUGUAUGUGUAACAACUCCUAACAUAAAGUAUACAGAUUUACUAAAAUUGAAAGAAACAAGUUAUGCGGCUAAAGCAAUAGAUGUACCACCAACUAUGACUUCUGCAGAAUUAUUUACAAUAAUGAAACAAAUAGGAGCACAAACAUUUAAAGAGGAAGCAAUAGGUAAGGGUUAUAAAGUAGAUCAACACAUGAUCAAAAUUAUUGCUGCAGAUCAAAAAAUAUGUCACCAAUGUAAAUCAACAGAUCAUCUGGUUCUGAACUGCCCAAUAGCAAAAGAAAAUAAAGAAAGAGAAUUUAGACAAAAACAAAAUUACCAAAGAUUUAACCAAACAUACAAACGAUAUCAGCCAAGAGUAUACAACACACUAACAAACAAAUAUACAGAUAAAAAAAAUACUUAUGCAGAAAUAACAAAAAGACGAACAUAUCAAAAUGAACAACAACAACAGUACAAAUAUCAACAAAAAAACAAUAAUACAAAUGAAACAAAAAUGAUGCAAAUGCUAGAAAAUAUAAAUAAUAGAUUAAACCAAAUAGAAGAAAAUAUAGAACAACUCAAUGAAAGAGUUGACAACCUCCAACAAAAACAAGAAAUAACAACUAACAAGAAAGACGAAAAUGAGAUGCAAACAGAAAUGGUAAGUAAUGAAGAAACAGAAAUAUACAGAAGUAAUAAUUAA